ACAAGUGACAUUUUUAUCGGUUAUUAAGUUCUUUUGGUCUAAAUAUAUUGAAUCAUCUCGUGGAUAAUGAUCCGUUAACAAGCUUAAAGAAAUUAAUUAAUUAAGAUCAGUGUUUAAUCAAAAGUGAUAACAAACAAUGUAAUGGUAUCUUGAUCAGACAAUAAUUGAAAUUGUUUUUGUCGAGUGGUGUUAAUUAAAUUUCACAAAAGUCGUUCCCGGCACCAUCAGGCUGGAGGCGCUACGCCGCCACUCGCGGCAGAUAGCCGCGCGGCGCGUGCGUCGUGUUCAGUUCACCGAACGAGUACGAGAUGGCGCUCGGGGCGACGGUGCCGAGAGCGGAGGCUCCGAGAUGUCGGGUGGCAGCGGUGACCGUGAUCGUGACCGGCGCCCUUCCACCUGCCGCGUGGAGAUGGGCGCGCUGCUUGCACCGGAGCCACGUCCGCCUGACCACAAAGUUAAGCGACACAGUAUACAUGGGAUGACAGAGGAGGAAAAUGUAGUGCGGCCUCAUCAAGAAAUGGCCGUGCUCUCGCUAGAAGAGAAGAAGUAUCUGUUGGGAGUCGAGCGAGGAGAUGUGGCAGGAACAAGGCGUGUUUUACAACGAGCUCGGGACACGGGACAUAUUAAUGUAGACUGUGUGGACCCUUUGGGCCGCAGUGCACUUCUCAUGGCUAUUGACAACGAGAAUCUAGAGAUGGUUGAGCUGCUUUUGGAGUUUGGAGUUGAAACAAGGGAUGCGUUACUGCACGCCAUAUCCGAGGAAUUCGUUGAGGCGGUCGAAGCUCUCCUUGACCACGAAGAACGAACACGAAAGCCAGGAGAAUUACAUAGUUGGGAAGCUCUUCCUCCGGAGACGGCCACCUUCACGUCGGAUAUCACACCACUAAUUCUGGCCGCACACCGUGAUAGCUAUGAGAUCAUAAAAUUGUUAUUGGACCGCGGCGCUGCUCUGCCGGUACCUCACGAUGUACGUUGUGGUUGCGACGAAUGUGUUCGUUCACGUCGCGAGGACUCUCUACGGCAUUCUCGUUCACGUAUCAACGCAUAUCGGGCGCUGGCGUCUCCAUCAUUAAUUGCCCUCUCAUCCAAAGAUCCAAUACUUACGGCUUUUGAACUAUCAUGGGAGCUCCGUCGGCUGUCGGCCCUAGAACAUGAAUUUAAAACCGAAUAUCAGGAGUUGCGGGUUCAAUGUCAAGAGUUUGCUACAGCGCUAUUAGACCACACUCGUACAUCUCAUGAAUUGGAAGUGCUUCUUAAUCAUGAGACGGGAUCGCCACAGGCUCCUCUAGCUGAACCUGGUGCUCCGGAAAGAAUGCGAUUAUCUCGUCUUAAACUAGCUAUAAAAUUACGUCAAAAGAAGUUCGUGGCUCAUCCUAAUGUGCAACAACUGCUGGCUUCGAUUUGGUACGAGAGCGUGCCAGGUUUUCGUCGCAAAAACAUGCUGCUACAAGCAGCUGAAAUGGUUCGGAUCGGCGUUAUGUUUCCACUGUACUCGCUGGCCUACAUCGCCGCUCCUCACUCAACCGCCGGACGCACAUUAAGAAAACCUUUUAUCAAGUUCCUGUGUCAUUCGGCAAGCUACUUUAUGUUUUUAUUCCUGCUAAUACUCGCCUCGCAGCGUAUUGAGACGGCUGCAGCCGGAAUCCUCUGGGGGGAACCAGUACAACACGCAGCGCCCCUGUCUCGUCGUGGAGCGCCACCUUCUCUCGUCGAAUGGCUGAUACUGGCCUGGGUCAGCGGUCUCAUAUGGAGUGAAGUGAAACAGCUUUGGGACAUGGGGCUGCGUGAGUAUGUACACGACAUGUGGAACGUUAUCGAUUUCGUCACCAAUUCCCUUUACGUGGCCACGGUCGCGCUCCGCAUCGUGUCACAUUUUCAGGUUCGUAGAGAAAUGGGCUUAGGACUGCAAUGGAAUCAACCCCGAGAGAAAUGGGACGCAUGGGAUCCUAUGUUGCUCUCUGAAGGCCUUUUCUCGGCUGCCAAUAUUUUUAGCAGCUUGAAGCUGGUGUAUAUCUUCAGUGUGAAUCCUCACCUGGGACCGCUUCAAGUGUCUCUGAGCCGCAUGGUGCUCGAUAUACUGAAGUUUUUCGUCCUGGAUAUCCUCGUAAUUUUCGCUUUUUCAUGUGGUCUCAAUCAGUUGCUGUGGUAUUAUGCUGACAUGGAGAAGAAACGUUGUCCCACUGGUUCUCCCGUUGCUACCAACGGUACGCUACCGGAUCCGGAUGCCUGUGUCGUAUGGAGACGUUUUGCCAACCUAUUUGAGACAAUGCAGACGCUAUUCUGGGCAGCCUUUGGAUUGGUGGACUUAGAUUCGUUUGAACUAGACGGUAUUAAAAUAUUCACGCGUUUCUGGGGAAUGCUGAUGUUUGGAACCUACGCCGUUAUUAAUGUCAUCGUGUUGCUUAACUUACUGAUCGCUAUGAUGAAUCACUCGUAUCAGUUGAUUUCGGAACGCGCGGACGUCGAGUGGAAGUUUGCACGUAGUAAACUAUGGAUCAGUUACUUUGAGGAAGGAGGGACGGCGCCGCCACCCUUUAAUGUUAUCCCGUCACCAAAGUCGGCGCUGUACACGUGGCGCUGGCUGCAGCGUACCAUGUGCGGACACGCGCGCGCUAAACGCGAACACAUGAGGACGAUACGGAGAAAGGCGAAACAAGCGAAUGAGCGUGAUUUCCGUUAUCAGGCAAUAAUGCGUAACUUAGUUCGUCGUUACGUGACAGUCCAACAGCGACGUGCAGAGUGCGGUGGCGUCACUGAAGAUGACGUUAACGAAAUCAAACAGGACGUGAGCGCUUUCCGCUGCGAACUGGUUGAAAUACUGCGGAACUCCGGCAUGAACACCUCCACAGCGAACGCUGGCGCACCGGGUCUUUCAGGUGGCGGCGGCGGUAAAAAGAACCGCCAGAAAGAACGGCGGCUAAUGAAAGGUUUUAACAUCGCACCGGGCGGGUCUUUAGCGCCCGUGGACGAGUUCUUGGCGUCACUUCACCAUGAACAUGGUGGUUCACAUGGAGCACACCACGCGUCGCUAUCAGCUCUGCUAGGAGGAAGGCUUAGGACGAGUCAAUCAAGUCUAUCAGAUGGCGCAGGGGGCGCGGGCGCCCAACGCCGUAAGCCCUCAUCACAUAAACGACGUUGGGGCACUAUUAUAGAAGCAGCUCGGGCUGCUCGUGUCUCUCGACUCAUUGGCCGCUCAAGGUCUGAGGACUCCGUAUGCGAUCAUGCUCGUCCUUCACCCAGUGGCAGCGAACGUUCUGACUCCGGCAGCGACUCACAGCGUAGUCCAGAACGAGGCAGUAUACGCAGUGGCCCGCUACAUCCGUUAACAGCACUCGCGGCACUGAAGCGCAAACGCAAGAAAUUUUCGGACUCACGACGAACUGCGGAAGGCGAGCGAACAGUCGCCGGGGUGGCAGAGGCUCUUCAACGAGCCAGUUCUGUACCCGCACGACCGCCUCCAAUCGCACCACCGCGGGCUCCACGGCCACCGCCACCAACAGUGUCACCGUCCACUACCACAGAGAGUGUACAAGCUAAGGGUGGCAGUCGUGAACCAUUGCUGGCUAGUCUCGACGACGAUGCGCAAAAAGCAUGCGGACAAUGCGGCUACGAUGCAACAUCGGAGACUAGUCCAACGGCAGCUGGUGAGCCCGCAGCUGAGGAGGGCGGUGCGGACGGCGCUACUUGUGGGCGGUGUGCGGCCCUCGCUCGCCUGGCCGGAGUGACACCACUUCAUGGACAUGCUCCUCACCACUCAGCUGGCUGGCUCUAGCGCCAUCUCUCGGGCGUCCUCCAUACCUACUACAUUUGUCGAGAUUUUGUACGGAUUAAAGGUUCUAUGCAUAUGAUACAUAGAUAAAGUAGAAUAAGUGGCCCAGAGAGGAUGGCGAAUUAUAGCGAAACAAACAUGCUAUCAGCGCAAAUAUUGAACUAACAUUGUCGUACGUAAUGACUGUCCAAUUAACAUUACGCGUAAUUUAAUAAUUCGUAUUUAAAUGAAAGUGAUCGAUGAUCAAAUUUAUAAAAAGGUCAUAUGAAGUAGGUACAAGUACCCAACUCUGCGAUCAGUAUCGGUACCUUGACAUAUGAUUACUAGAUAUUAUAAAUUGUAUCCUAUAUAAAUAAUAAUUAAUGUAGUUGUUUAAAUGAGAACAUAUUUAACGAACACCAAUUAGUUAAGUAGAUGCAAAGAUAAACGAAGAAUGUAUUAAAAUUAGGAAACUAAAAUAUUUUAUAUACGACUUAUGUAUACCGAAUAAUUAGAAAUAUCAAAUUAUACAUAGAUUAAUUAUACAAUACAAUGUGUUCCAGAAGGUUUUCCAGAUAUUAUUUAUUCUGUCCACGAGAAUGGUUCAUAUUUAGGACUAACAAGAAGAAACAGGGAUUUUAUGUGAAACAUGUUGUCCAAUUAAUUAAUAGCAAUAUUAUUUAAAGAUUAAAUUCAAUUAAAUUAUUAUUGGCUUCGAGCACUUUCACAUUAAUUAUGUAGCCCUAGUCCGUGUGUACAUUGCUUACCUCAAUACCGACAGUUUCAAUGUGUUUCUUUAAUUAUAAUUGAAUGUAUUCGUGUCGUCGUCGAACUCUCAGUGAACAACCUGUCAUCAAGUUAUAUACAUAACGCACACGUGGUUUAAUAGUAAUAUAAAAAUAUAUAAAAUCACUCGCUGCAUUAGGUCCUAAUAUGCACUUGGUUUAAGAAAUGUUUCCAAUUCGAAAUACAAAAUUUAUGAAAAUAAAACCAAUCUACAGGCACGCGGCCUGUAGAUAAAGCCUAUUCAAAUAAUUUCCGGUUUAUAUCGUAUUUACCUAUUUGUUCCAUAAUAUAAAAAAUAUAUAUUUAAAACCAAUUAAUUUUAAGUUAUAUAUAUCAACCGUACCAACAUUCAAACACAGUCUAAAAGUUUUUUGUACCUUUAAAGGCAAACACUCUUUAUUUAGGACCCCGAAAUUCGAUAAAAGGAAUU